AUGUCCUUUAAAUUUGAGUUUAAUAAUGACAACUCAAGUGACGAUGAGUUCCCAACUACCGAUUCGGCCUCAUUGCUGAAACCAAAAGCUCCUGUUUUGCGAGCUUUGGAUACUUUUGAGGUGCGCUCCGAGAAUAAACCUCAAUUGCACACACUUGAAUCGCUUCUAUCUACACUUAAAGAUGUACGACUCACAUUCGUUAAUCAUGUUACACCUGGUGGUAAUGUUGUUUAUCGCCGAGAAUUGUAUGAUGUCAAGCAUCAAGUCAUGACUGAAGAAGAAUCACCCACAAGUCAAGAUUUGCAACAAUUGUUAAUCGAGGAGAAUAGAGCUGACUUGCAGAGUAACGUUUAUGAAGGUGGGUUCAAGAGUUGGGAGUGUUCAUAUGAUGUUGUUGAUAAGCUAUCAUCGUUGAUAAAUAAUGAGAAUGCCAACGCGACUAGCACCAGCGAAAACUCAACCCACAACAAUAGUGGCGAUAGUGAUAAUGAACUCGGUGGAGUGUUUGGCCUGAAUAUAUUGGAUAUGGGAUGUGGCACUGCUUUACCAGCAUCAUUUUUAUUGAUGAAGAAAUAUGAAUUGUGCAAUAAACAAAAGAUGAAGUUGAUAUUGAGUGAUUUUAACUACGAUGUAUUGAGAUUGGUUACAUUACCCAAUCUCUUGAUUCAUUGGUGCUCGCAACUUCCAGUCAAAGAGUUGCACAAAUUGACUACUGAUGAAGAGAAUACAAGAUUCAACAAUGAUGAGGUAAUGGUCACUGAGAGGCUUAUACAGGCAUUUGUGAAAAGCUUGCUGGAGUUUGGAGUUGAGCUAAUCUUUAUAUCUGGCUCCUGGGGGCGAGAGUUUAAUGAGAUUGUUGAACUAUAUAGUGUUGACUUUAUAAUCAGUUCGGAAACGAUUUACUCGCCUGUGACAUUACCAAUUGUUGCAGAAUCAAUCUUGGAGAUAUUCAACAAGCAGUUGCUACUGCAAAAUAGUUCAAGCAACAAGCGCAAACACUGCACAGCUAUUGUCGCAGCAAAGAGCAUAUACUUUGGAGUGGGUGGAUCUGUGAUUGAGUUCUUGACUUAUCUCGAAAAGAUAAAGAGUGAAGAUAAAACUAACAUUGGUAUUGACGCAGAGGAGAUCAAUGAUGCUCAAUUGAAGAGGUCAUUGAUAACAAUAGAGUAUGGAAAAUGA